CGCAGUCUCGGAUCCUUUCAUGAGCAAACAUCGUCUCGGGGGCGAGUAAACUUCUCUCUUAUAUAUAUAGAUAAGGUCUAGUAGGUGACUUCGCCGCUUGUACACAAUGGCGGAACAAUUCGGCACACGUUCCUACUUCGAAGCUCCUGAUUACAUUGUAUGCGGCGGAAUGCUAUUGGCGUCGCUAGCCAUAGGCUUGUACUACGGCUUGAGCGGCGAUCGACAGCGCACCUCGUCCGAGUACAUCCUCGCUAAUCGUCAGAUGUCAUUCCUCCCGGCCACGCUGUCCCUGAUCGCCAGUUUCUCGUCUGGUAUUUCAGUGCAGGGAAUCCCAGCGGAUGUGUACUACCACGGUCCAAUGCUGAUAUGGUUUAUGCUUCCCAUGACAUUGGGUGCAGUGCUUUCUAUGCUAUUCUUCAUGCCAAUGUACUACAGACUUGGCAUGACGUCUGUCUACACGUACCUCGACCUUCGCUUCAAUACUGUUGUCCAGAUAUGUGGAAUCAUAUCAUUUCUUCUUUUUACACUUCUUUAUCUCGGAUUGAUUACAUACACUGCAUGCGUCGCUGUUACUGCAGUGACUGGUAUUAGUCUUGAGGCCGCUAUCGUUGGUUCCUGCAUAGUGUGCGCUAUUUACACUGUCAUAGGUGGAAUCAAAGCCGUGCUUUGGACAGACAGUCUUCAAAUGAUCCUCAUGCUAGCGGCAGUCAUCGCAAUCAUCAUCAAAGGCAGCAUGGAGCUGGAUGGCUUCGGGAAUGUGUGGAGAAUAGCAUCAGAGGGACAAAGAACCAACUUCUUCGAGUUUGAUAUGGAUUUUACUGACUUCUACAAUGGCUGGGGAUUCACCGUCGGGCAGAUCACGUACAUCAAUUGGACGAUCAACAAUCAGUACAUGGUCCAACGGUUCGUAGUCUGCAAAUCAGAGGCCGUUGCUAGAGCAUGCAUUGUUGGCUACAUUGUUGGCGAGUUUAUCUUCGUUGUGCUGCUCAUUCUGGCAGGCUUCACCAUCUACGCGUAUUACGAAGGCUGUGACCCUCUUACGCUGGGAUACACCACCAAAAAUGACCAGAUUGUACCCUAUUUCGUUGUCGAUGUCUUUGGUCAUCUACCGGCAGUUCCAGGUCUGCUGCUGGCAGGGUUGUUUGGUGCAGCACUCAGCACACUGUCUUCUGUACUGAAUGCUAACGCAACACUCGUGGGUGAACACUUUGUUAAACCAAUCUGGAAAGAGAUGUCAGAUCCGACCUAUACCAUCGUGCUGAAAAUGAUCGUUGUUGCGUUUGCCGUGAUCACCUUAGGUUCAGCAUUUCUCGUACCAGCUAUUGGAGAUGCAGUCCCGGUUAUGGUUACAUUGAACGGUGGUUUCCAUGGUACCUUGCUUGCCUUGUACGUUCUCGGGGCAUUUGUUCCAUGGUGCGGACCAAAGGGUGCUGUUUCCGGAUACGUUGUUGGAUUAGCGGUAGCCCUGACGAUGUCUAUUGGGAGUGUUAUCUACGCUCCGCCUCCACAGAACCUGCAGCUUUCAGGAGAAUUUUGCCUGAACGACACUCAGUUGAGUGGCACAGAAGUCACACAGUUAGUGACUGCAUGGGAUUCAAAUAUCACUGUGUCAAAUAUCGAAAACCAAAGGUCAGCCUGA